AUGGCAGCAGCGGAAUUGGCAUCACCAGAGCAUCCGGCAUCACCAGAGUAUCCUGAGUUGACAGCACCAGAGUUGGCAGCAGCCUGCAUAUUGUGCGGGCAAACGACAGAUCUGGAAGAGCACUUUGUCGCUUGCUUCGAGCGACACUGUCCGGUCUCAACGCCUGUUGCGCCUGUUGCGCCAGUUGUGCCAGUUGUGCUUCGACAACCCGUCUUAUUCCAGCUUGGCUGGUUAUCCGCCAGCACGACAGUUCUAGUUCGCAACUAUUUGGACCUCCCUGAGCACUGUAUUUUGGCAUGUGCCUCAAAGCCUGCGAACAUGCUUUGUGACGAUGAAGAGGCAUGGGGCCAGUACGCCACUAGUUUGUGGGCCGCCUUGUGGGGGUCGGCCACCGUGCCAGAUGGAAGCUGCGGUUGCCGUUUCAGUUCUCCCCAGCAUGUUCAUUUCAUCAAGCCCAAGAUGAAAGCACUGGGAUUGUGGCACCUUCGGUCUUCCACAGCACUCGAAGUUGAAGUGAAGUCCUUGCUAUGUGGUAACAAGAAUGUACGAUUAAUCAUGGAGCCGCAUGCGACUGUUGCAGAUUUACAGAACCGGCUCCAGGUCGAAACAGGUCUGGAAAAAGACACAAUUGACUUAAUCUACUCGCCGACGCACAAGGUGCUUUCCCAUCAAAAGGCCCCAGCUACAGCGUAUCUUUGGCUCUCAUUUUGCAGAGAAUCUUGCGCGAGGCGGAGCCCACCGCUUUUGGAAAUGAUGCUGAAGUUGUUCCCACGGUGCAAUGAUGGUUAG